AUGUCUUCCGACGACGAACGCCAGAAGGCUCUCGACUCGUACCGGGGCAAGCUGCUCGAAUCGCGGGAAUGGGAAGCUAAGCUUAAGGCCCUCCGCCUCGAGAUCAAGGACUUGCAGAGAGAGUACGAUCGGACCGAGGACAACAUCAAGGCCCUGCAGAGUGUCGGUCAGAUCAUCGGCGAAGUUCUGAAGCAGCUCGAUGACGAAAGAUUUAUCGUAAAGGCCUCUUCUGGUCCCAGAUAUGUCGUGGGGUGCAGAUCAAAGGUCGACAAGAUCAAGCUCAAGCAGGGAACCCGCGUGGCCCUCGACAUGACGACACUCACCAUUAUGCGCAUGCUCCCCCGCGAAGUCGACCCCCUCGUCUACAACAUGUCCUUGGAGGAUCCCGGCCAGGUCAGCUUCGCCGGUAUCGGUGGCCUUAAUGACCAGAUCCGUGAACUGCGGGAGGUCAUCGAGCUGCCGCUCAAGAACCCCGAGCUCUUCCUGCGCGUGGGCAUCAAGCCGCCCAAGGGUGUCCUUCUCUACGGGCCUCCCGGUACGGGAAAGACGUUGCUGGCUCGUGCCGUUGCCAGCAGUCUCGAGACCAACUUCCUGAAGGGUGUGUACAAGCUCAUCGUCUCGUCAGCGAUCGUCGACAAAUAUAUCGGAGAGUCAGCCCGUCUGAUUCGUGAGAUGUUCGGAUACGCCAAGGAGCACGAGCCCUGCAUUAUCUUCAUGGACGAGAUUGACGCCAUCGGUGGACGCAGAUUCUCCGAGGGAACUAGUGCGGAUCGUGAGAUCCAGAGAACGUUGAUGGAGCUGCUGAACCAGCUCGACGGCUUCGACUACCUCGGCAAGACCAAGAUCAUCAUGGCGACCAACAGGCCCGACACGCUCGACCCCGCCCUGCUGCGUGCCGGACGUCUGGACCGCAAGAUCGAGAUCGCCCUGCCGAACGAGGUCGGCCGUUUGGAGAUUCUCAAGAUCCACGCCUCUGGCGUCGUAACGGAGGGCGAGAUCGACUUUGAGAGUGUGGUCAAGAUGAGCGACGGUCUCAACGGUGCGGAUUUGAGAAACGUCGUUACGGAAGCCGGCUUGUUCGCCAUCAAGGACUACAGGGACGCGAUCAACCAGGACGACUUCAACAAGGCAGUACGCAAGGUUGCCGAGUCCAAGAAGCUGGAGGGCAAGCUCGAGUACCAGAAGCUUGGCAUUUUCGGCUACGUCAACUACCUGGUGGAGAAGGACAGGAAAUUCAUUCUCGAGACCUUGAUCAAUGGUCUCUCCCGUCUCGAGUACCGUGGCUAUGACUCCGCCGGCCUAGCUGUCGACGGUGACAAGAAGAACGAGGUUUUCGCCUUCAAGGAGGUUGGCAAGGUUGCCAAGCUCAAGCAGCUCAUCGCCGAGUCCAAGGUCGACGAGACCAAGUACUUCGACUCACACGCCGGUAUCGCCCACACUCGCUGGGCUACUCACGGCCCCCCUUCUCGUCUGAACUGCCACCCCCACAGGUCCGACCCUACGUGGGAGUUCACCGUCGUCCACAAUGGUAUCAUCACCAACUACAAGGAGCUGAAGACGCUCUUGGGCGCCAAGGGCUUCAAGUUCGAGACCGACACCGACACCGAGUGCAUUGCUAAGCUCGCCAAGUACUUGUACGACCAGCACCCCAAGGUCGGCUUCACCGACCUCGCCAAGGCUGUCAUCAACGAGCUCGAGGGUGCCUACGGUCUUCUCAUCAAGUCCGUCCACUACCCCCACGAGGUCAUCGCUGCUCGCAAGGGUUCUCCCCUUGUCAUUGGUGUCAAGACCCAGAAGCGCAUGAAGGUCGACUUCGUCGAUGUUGAGUACGCCGACGAGCAGUCUGCUCUCCCCGCUGAGGCCGCCUCUCAGAACAAUGCUCUCAAGAAGCAGCAGGACAACUUCUUGAACCCCAAUGCUCUGCUGGGCGCCCCGGACAAGUCUCUUCUGCACCGCUCUCAGUCGCGUGCAUUCAUGACCGACGAUGGCAUGCCCAUGCCCACCGAGUUCUUCCUGUCUUCUGACCCGUCCGCUAUUGUCGAGCACACUAAGAAGGUCAUGUACCUCGAGGACGACGACAUUGCCCACAUCCACGAGGGAUCCCUGAACAUUCACCGCCUUAAGAAGGCCGAUGGCAGCUCCAACGUGCGCACCAUUCAGACUUUGGAGCUCGAGCUCCAAGAGAUCAUGAAGGGCAAGUUCGACCACUUCAUGCAGAAGGAGAUCUUCGAGCAGCCCGAGUCCGUCGUCAACACCAUGAGAGGUCGUCUCGACAUUGCCAACAAGACCGUUACUCUUGGUGGUCUGCGCUCUUACAUUUCCACUAUUCGUCGGUGCCGCAGAAUCAUUUUUAUUGCGUGUGGUACUAGUUAUCACUCAUGCAUGGCUGUCCGUGGUGCGUUUGAGGAGCUGGCCGAGAUUCCUAUCGCCGUCGAGUUGGCUUCCGACUUCCUCGAUAGACAGGCUCCUGUCUUCCGCGACGACACUUGCGUCUUCGUCUCUCAGUCCGGUGAGACUGCUGACUCUCUCAUGGCUCUCCGCUACUGCUUGGAGCGUGGUGCCCUGACAGUUGGUAUCGUCAACGUCGUCGGUUCUUCAAUCUCCCUCCUUACCCACUGCGGUGUCCACGUCAACGCCGGCCCUGAGAUCGGUGUUGCAUCCACCAAGGCCUACACUUCGCAAUUCAUCGCCAUGGUCAUGUUUGCGCUCUCCCUUAGCGAGGACCGCGCCUCCAAGCAGAAGCGCCGUGAAGAGAUUAUGGAGGGUCUCGCCAAGAUCCCCGAGCAGAUCAAGGACAUCCUUACCCAGGACCAGUCUAUCAAGGAGCUCUGCUCCAAGACCUUCCAGAACCAGAAGUCCCUGCUGCUGCUCGGCCGUGGCAGUCAGUUCUCUACUGCCCUCGAGGGUGCACUGAAGAUCAAGGAAAUUUCCUACCUUCACUGCGAGGCUGUCAUGUCCGGUGAGCUGAAGCACGGUGUUCUGGCCCUCGUCGACGAGAACUUGCCUAUCAUCAUGAUUCUUACUCGCGACAACCUCUUCAAGAAGUCGCUCAACGCCUACCAACAAGUCAUUGCUCGUAGCGGCAAGCCCAUCGUCAUCUGCAACCCUGCCGAUGAGGAGUUCAAGUCCAGCGAGGCGGAGAAGAUUGAGAUCCCCAAGAACGUCGACGUUCUCCAGGGUAUCCUCAACGUCAUUCCCCUCCAGCUGAUCGCCUACUGGCUCGCUGUUAUGGAGGGUCUGAACGUUGACUUCCCUCGUAACCUGGCCAAGUCCGUUACCGUCGAGUAA